CACAGGCCUCUGUUUGCAUUUUCAAGGCUGUGGUCUUGCUACUCUCCAAAUACGCUGCUGUCCAGUGCUGCAAGCUCGCCGUGCUGGUGGGCAUUCACCUACACAAAAAGUUUUCACCGCAACUCUCUUUAACCUGUUCAGUUAAGCAAUAACAAUGACUUCCAACUCGUUUUCUGGCUCGUUGUUCGGCGCGACUGCUGGUCCUACGGGCUCAACAGCGCCGCAACCGUCAGCAAGCAUAUUCUCAUCUUACAACCCGACCGCAUCUUCUGGAUUUUCCACGAUAGGACCUUCAAACCAGCCGCAAGACAUCAGCCAAGGCUUCCAACAAUCUUUGUCGCAGUCGUCUCAAAACACACAGCCUGCCUAUUUUAAGGGCUUGCUUGAAAGAGGGAAAAAACGAUCAUUCGCUGCUUCAGCUUCGCAUGACACCAGUUUCGGAGACCUGCCAAGCCUUCAAUUAGGGCUCGAUGAUAUUCGCAGAAAAGCCAGGGAGCUCGGUGCGUCCGACUCCAAACAACCCCAGAGUGGAGGCAGGGAUCAUAAAGCACAUUACCUACUUGCAGCCUCUGGGAUAUCCCCGGGACACGCUCUACGCGACUUGCGAGCUCUCGAUUCUCAGAGUUCAACGUCCGCUUCUCUAAAACAAAUGGAUAGUUUUGAUCCCGAUAAUGAAAAGUUCAUGAGAUCUAUACAGCAGCGUGGGCGACAGGCCAUGGUUGCAGAGAGUCUCGCCCGCGUCAAUCGUGAUUUCGAUGCAUUUCUAGAGGAGAAAGUCAACAUGAACUGGGAUGACCAACGCCGUAGGAUUUUCCAUCAUUUCGGUCUUUCAUCUAAAGACGACAUGGGUGGUGACCAGCCAAAUCGGAGCUCCUUUGGCCGUGGGUCUACACAAGUCAGGCCUACGGGACCAUCAGGUACUCGAAGUGUCUUUGGGCGCUCUGCUCUCGAAAAAUCCGUGAUUGGUUUACCAGGAAAUCCAAUUGCUAGCUCCCAGUUAUUUGCCGACCCUAAUGACCGCGGGGACCCAUCAUCACAGAGUCCGGACAACCGGUUUCUACGGGAAAAGAUGGGUAUUUUUGGCGAGAAAGUACGACGUCUCAACGAAGCCCGGCUUGAAGAUCGGCCGUAUUCAGUUCUUCAUGAAUUUGCAGAAGUUGAAAACCAUGCUGGUGGCGAUGUACCACGACAACUGGCAGACGCAUAUCGCGCUUUGAUAUCAAUUACCCAAGAAGCAAACAAUGUCACCAGUUUCGCUGACCCCGGUGCUUUGAAGGAAAGGCGAUUUGCUAGUGAUUAUCUGAAUGAGACCUCCACUUCCAAAGGUGCAACGGCCCUGAGAAAGAGAAUAGUCGAAGGUUCGAGACAAUUUUUAGAAGCGUCAUUUUAUUCGGAAGUCGAAGCCGCAAUAGCCAAAAACCCACGGGAAGCCCAACUCGGUGGAAUCCCUUCAACUAUCAAUAGGAUACGUGGAUACAUUCGUCUACGUGCUGCCAGGAAAGACCUCGCCGCAGAUGGAACAGAGCUGCAGAUUGUUGGUGACGACUAUUGUUGGAUAUUGAUUUUUUUCCUUCUACGCUGCGGAUUUGUGAACGAAGCUGCGGAAUAUGUCAGUGCGGAUCCAGGUUUCCGAUCACUCGACCACAAAUUUGUGACCUACAUGACAACAUAUGCCCAAAAUAGGAGAUUACCAAGAGAUUUGCAGCAAAAGAUCAACGGGGAGUAUCAACAACGUUUACGAAACGCUCCAGAGAACACCGUCGAUCCUUACCGUAUGGCCUGUUAUAAAAUCAUUGGCCGCUGCGAUCUUGUACGCAGGAGACUAGAUGGUGUCGGUCAAGAUGUGGAAGAUUGGAUGUGGCUGCAAUUUGUUCUUGCUAGAGAAGACGAUCGCGUUGAAGAAAUCGCUGGAGAUGUGUUUGGUCUAGAAGACAUUCAGACAGAUAUCUCUGAAAUUGGCCAAAAAGUAUUUGCAAAAGGCCAAGACUCACCAGGGGGGUACGGAACGUUUUUCCUGCUGCAAAUCUUAGGUGGCAUGUUUGAACACGCCGUUUCCUACCUUGGUUCCCAUGCCCCAGUCAGCGCCGUACAUUUCGCCGUCGCACUUGACUAUUACGGGCUUUUGCGUGUCUCGGAUUUCUAUGCAGCAGGCGAAGAGAUUCUAUCCUUUACCACGCAGCAAUUCCCUCAGAUCAACUUUGCAUACCUAAUCACACAGUACACUCGUGAAUUUCGUACAGGAAAUGUUGAGGCAGCCAUUGACUAUUUUGCACUCAUCUGCCUAAAUGCAGAUCUUCCUGGAUCUCUUGGAAAGUCCCAAGCUUCUGUAUGCCACGAGGCUUUGCGAGAAUUCAUCUUGGAGACCCGCGAUUUCGCCAAGCUGCUCGGCGAUAUUCGUGCAGAUGGCGUGAGAAUCAAAGGAGCCAUUGAGCGGCGCCUGAGACUCAUCAAACUCGUAGACCAAGAAGAAUUCCUAAGGACUAUUACAGUGCAAGCCGCAGCCGUGGCAGAUGACAAAGGACUGGUUGCUGACGCCGUGCUUCUUUAUCACCUGGCUGAAGACUACGACCACGUUAUUGAAAUCAUCAACCGCGCACUAUCCAAUACUGUUGCGUUGGAUCUAGGUCAAUCGGUAUCGGAUUUCCAGCCUUUGAAACCCCGAGUAAGCCAAGGCGAAACUGCGGGUCAGGUUUCGGGCUCAUCAGAGCCUGGUAGCAGUCUCAGCCUGACUACAGUAGACGACCCUGUGGCUUUGGCGAAAAACAUGAUUAGCCUGUACAACAGCAACGCGCUUUAUUAUCAGAAAAUCCGCCAAAUCAACCGUGACGCAUGCGGCAUCUUGCUGCGAAUGAUGGAAGCAAAGACUUUAAUCGAAGCUGGAAAUUGGGCUCAGGCAUUAGAUGCAAUCCACGGACUGCAAAUCCUACCCUUGCGCGCCAAAGGCUCUGUCCCAUAUAUUCGCAACGCAACCCAGGCCUUCGCAUCUCUACCCAGCGUGAUUUCUCGCAACAUUGGCCAUUUAAUCAUCUGGAGUAUAACCUGUAUCGGCCGCGAGAGAGAGCGGCUUUACGCUGGUGCAUACGAGAACGCGAUCCGCGAAUCGCUAGCAGAAGACCUGCUGGUGAUGGCUAAAGACUUGAUGCUAUUUUCCGGCAUGAUUAGGUAUAAAUUACAGCCUCGGGUAUAUGAAACUCUGGCGCGCGCUGGUGCUGAAAUUGGGGCUUUUUGAUUGUAAUGUAUGUAUUAGAUUUAUGGUGAUGGGGGUUUGUGUGGAAGAAAAUAAUAUUUUUGGAAUAAAUGAUACAUUCUAGCAUGGGAAUAUGUAUAGAGCUCACCCCAUUGUUGGUGCUUUAAUUGGGAUAUAUUACGUAUUGGGAGGGAUAUGAAAGUAGGUAUCUUCUGCAUAAAAGAAUUCCUGGAUAUAUAUAUAUGGAUGGAAAUAGUUUCAUUGUUA